CCGGUCGGCCGCUCGGGCCGCCCCCGGGGGAAGAGUCUGAGGAGGCGCGGGGCCGCGGCGGACUAAGGCGCCGCAAGGCAGCAUCGGGCUGCGGACGCUCGGUUCGGGCCCAGGGAGCUGCUCAUUUGCGACCGAUGUCCUCAAGAUGGAGGCGGCGGGGGCGACGGCGUGAGGAGGAGGAGGGCGGCCCGGAGAGCGCGGGAGCAGGCCGAGGGGCGGCGGGGGCGGCGGGAUGGGGCUGCUGCUCAUGAUCCUGGCGUCGGCCGUGCUGGGCUCGUUCCUCACGCUGCUCACACAGUUCCUGCUGCUCUACCGCAGACAGCCGGAGCCGCGGGCGGACGAGGCAGCCCGCGCGGGCGACGGCUUCCGCUACCUUAAGCCGGUGCCGGGCCUGCCCCUCAGGGAGUACCUCUAUGGCGGCGGCGCCGAGGAGCCCGCUGCUGGGUCCUCCGAGGCCGGCGCCAGCACGACACCGACCCCCGACAGCCCGGCCCCGCCGACGCUGGAGACCUGCUACUUCCUCAACGCCACCAUCCUGUUCCUGUUCCGGGAGCUGCGGGACACCGCGCUCGCCCGCCGCUGGGUCACCAAGAAGAUCAAGGUAGAGUUCGAGGAGCUGCUGCAGACCAAGACGGCCGGCCGCCUGCUGGAGGGGCUGAGCCUGCGCGACGUGUUCCUGGGUGACACCGUGCCCUACAUCAAGACCAUCCGGCUGGUGCGGCCCGUGGUGGCCUCGGGCACCGGCGAGCCCGACGACCCCGACGGGGACGCUCUGCCCGCCACCUGCCCGGAGGAGCUGGCCUUUGAGGCGGAGGUGGAGUACAACGGCGGCUUCCACCUGGCCAUCGACGUAGAUCUAGUGUUCGGCAAGUCCGCCUACCUGUUCGUGAAGCUGUCGCGCGUGGUGGGUAGGCUGCGCUUCGUCCUCACCCGCGUGCCCUUCACCCACUGGUUCUUCUCCUUCGUGGAGGACCCGCUGAUUGACUUCGAGGUGCGCUCCCAGUUCGAGGGGCGGCCCAUGCCCCAGCUCACCUCCAUCAUCGUCAACCAGCUGAAGAAGAUCAUCAAGCGCAAGCACACCCUGCCCAGUUACAAGAUCAGGUUUAAGCCGUUUUUUCCAUACCAAGCCUUGCAAGGAUUUGAAGAAGAUGAAGAUCUUAUCCAUAUUCAACAAUGGGCACUUACUGAGGGCCGGCUUAAAGUUACAUUGCUAGAAUGUAGCAGGUUACUCAUUUUUGGAUCCUAUGACAGAGAGGCAAAUGUUCAUUGCACACUUGAGCUAAGCAGUGGUGUUUGGGAAGAAAAACAAAGGAGUUCUAUUAAGACGGUGGAAUUAAUAAAAGGGAAUUUACAAAGUGUCGGACUUACACUUCGUCUUGUUCAGUCAACUGAUGGCUAUGCUGGGCACGUCAUAAUCGAGACCGUGGCCCCAAACUCACCUGCUGCCAUUGCAGACCUUCAGCGGGGAGACCGGCUCAUUGCUAUUGGAGGUGUGAAAAUCACAUCGACACUGCAAGUGUUAAAACUCAUCAAGCAGGCCGGCGACCGCGUGCUGGUGUACUACCAGAGGCCUGUUGGGCAGAGUAACCAAGGGGCCAUGCUGCAAGAUAGUCUGGGCCAGCUGGAAGAAAACUUUUUGUCAAGCUCCUGCCAGCCAGGUUAUGAAGAGGAAGCUGCUGGAUUGCCAGUGGAUAGUGAGAAUAGAGACCUAGAUUCCGAAUUUGAAGACUUGGCAGGUGAUGUCAGAGUACAAACAGAGUUGAAAGAGGAGACACAACCGUUGAGUCACAGUCCCAAACGUACUCCAACAACACUUUCUAUUAAACCCCUUGGCGCUAUAUCCCCAGUUUUAAAUCGUAAAUUAAUUUCAGGAAUCCACCCACCACCACAAAAACUUCCAUCCAAAGAAGGAAAUAAACCAUCAACUCUAAAAACUUCAGAGGCCACAGAAGCAGCACAAGUGUCCAAACCCCAAGUACCCACUUUGAAACCACCUGUGCCCCCACGACCACAGGGGAGAGUGCCUCUGCCUCCCACUGACACCUCAGCUCAGGCAGACCCGGAAACCACAGAGAAGCCAGAGAAGGUGCUGCUCCCUCCUCCUCCUGCAGAUAAACCUGCUGAGAAGCAAGUGAAGAGCGUGGAUCACGGAGAAGAUGUGGCAGCGGGUAAGCAGCCUCCAGCAAAGCAGGAAGUAGUGAAAGACGUUCCUUCAGAGAGCUCUGCUCCCACCAAAGACCCUUCAGAUGACCAUCGGAUGUGGGAAUCACCAGAGGUUCUGUAUCGCAGUAAGGUAGGAAAGUGGUCAAGAGCCAGAGCAUCUUGUGUGUUUGACAUAGAAGCCUGCCACAGGUACCUGAACAUUGCACUGUGGUGCAGGGAUCCUUUCAAGUUAGGAGGUCUCAUCUGUUUGGGGCAUGCUAGUUUAAAACUUGAGGAGGUGGCUUUAGGAUGCCUAGCUACAUCAAACAUGGAAUACCUUUCAAAGUUCAGACUGGAGCCUCCUGCACCUAAGGCCAUGGUCACGAGAACUGCACUGCGUAAUCUGAGUAUGCAGAAGGGCUUCAAUGACAAGUUUUGUUUUGGUGACAUUACUAUUCAUUUCAAGUAUUUGAAGGAAGGAGAACCAGACCACCAGAUAGUUCCUAGUGUAGAGAAAGAAAAAGAACUCCAUGUGGUUGAGGAAGUUUCUACACUCCCUAAAGAGGACCAUUUUGUGGGACAGAUGAGUUUGUCAGAAAAUAAACAUAGUUUCCAAGAUACUCAGUUCCAAAACCCAACUUGGUGUGAUUACUGUAAGAAAAAGGUGUGGACAAAAGCUGCUUCCCAAUGUAUGUUCUGUGCUUAUGUCUGUCAUAAAAAAUGUCAGGAAAAGUGUCUAGCUGAGACGCCUCUUUGUGGAGCGACUGAGAGGCGAGUAGACCGGACCCUGAAAAGCCUCAGGCUGGAAGGACAGGACCCACUCUUGGGCCUUCCUCCUCGUGUGGAGAUGGAAGCUAACAAGUCAGUCAAUAAAACAACAGGGUUGACAAGGCAUAUCAUUAACACUAGCUCUCGCUUACUGAAUCUGCGUCAAGUCUCUAAAACCCGCCUUGCUGAACCAGGAACAGAUCUUGUAGAACCAUCACCAAAACACACACCCAAUACGUCAGACAAUGAAGGCAGUGACACAGAGGUCUGUGGUCCAAACAGUCCUUCCAAACGAGGAAACAGUGCAGGAAUAAAGUUAACGAGAAAGGAAGGAGGGCUGGAUGACAGUGUUUUUAUUGCAGUUAAAGAAAUUGGCCGUGAUCUAUACAGAGGCUUGCCAACCGAAGAGAGGAUUCAGAAGCUAGAGUUCAUGUUGGAUAAGCUGCAGAAUGAAAUCGAUCAAGAGCUGGAACACAACAAUUCCCUCGUUAGAGAAGAAAAAGAAACAAAUGAUACAAGGAAGAAAUCAGUUCUUUCCGCUUCUUUGGCUAAAUCAGGAGAAAGACUACAAGCUCUGACACUUCUGAUGAUCCACUACAAAGCAGGCAUUGAAGAUAUUGAAACCUUAGAAAACCUGUCCCUAGACCAGCAUUCGAAAAAGAUGAACAAAUACACAGAAGACACAGAAGAAGACCUCGACAGUGAGAUAAGCCAGUUGAUAGACUCUCAGCCAUUCAGCAACAUCUCUGAUGACUUGUUCGGCCCAUCUGAGUCAGUGUAACCAACAGACCAUUUCAACUUUCACGUGGUUGGGGACAAGAUGUAUCUAAAGUGCCACGGGUACAGUCACGUUCAGUUCUCUCAUGGUGCACUUUGGCCUGUUCUGUAGUUACUUGCUUGUAUGAGAAAGAAAAGGUAGUUUUCAGCAGAAACAUGACCAGCUCAUCAAAUUGGUUGUUUCGGGUUGUGCUUAUAGCUAUGAGUUUUUUGGAUUUAUACUGGGAAUUGGGUUUUAUUAAUUUAUUUUUAACCUUUUCUAAUUAUGUAAGCUAACUUUGUGUUUGUGUAUGUGUGAUGUCUCACUGUCACUUUUUUCUUUCCUCCUGGUUUUUUAAUUAGUGUUGAAUAAGAUCCUGUCCAGAUUCCUGAAAUAUUUUCUUUCAUUUUCAUCACGGUUAUAACAACAAAUUUGUUGCAUGCCUAAAUUGACAACAGUAAUCAUUGAGGGAACAGGUCUGAGUCUUCUCCCUUCCCUGUUUUGAGGUUUGUCAGCUGUAGUUCCUUGAUGCUUUUGUUAAUGGGACUUGGGGGACUUUUGUUUUAUUUUGCUUUUGUUAUUGCCAAAUGUAAAUGAAAGCUUACCCCACAGCUUUAAUCUGUUAUGCUUAUAUAGUUUAAUUUUUUUACAUAUAUUGCUUGCUUCUUAUGCUUCUGUGAUAUUUUUAAAGCUUUUAUGCAGUGAAAGUGUAGUAAAAUUACAGUGAUUAACUAGAAGAGGUUGCAUUGAAUAGAGAAUAAAUGCAAAGUCCAGUUGGUCAAGAAUUUUGUAGAGAGGAUAACAAGAUUUUAUUACUGAAGAACAGUAACCAGUAGAAUUUUGAAAUACCUUUCAGAUGUUGAUGCUUUCCUUUUAAGUGGAGGUUGUGGACACUCAUAAUGACUUUUCAUCUUUGGUUCUCCCAUAGGAGAUAAAGCAUGUGCAAGGACAUUUAAAAUCUCACAGGACUUAUUCUGAAGAUGACUGUAUUUAUAACUGGCUUUGUUUGUAUGAUGUGGAGGGCAACUACACAGACUAUGUUUACUAUAUCACUGGUGUCUUGUGGCCUUAAAGGAAUGUCGGUCAUUCUGAGUACUUCAGUAGUUCAGACCAUCUUCAUUCAUUGUAAAGAAAAGUAAAAACAGACAGUGUGCGUAGUUUGCUAAAGGGAAGGCCUGUGUGCUAUUGGACCACCUAGUGGAUGCUGGUAACAAACCACCGAGAGAAAUAGAUGAGCUCGACCUGAAUUGCUAUAUUUUAAAAGUCUAAGCUUGUUAUACCUAUAGAAUAGAAAAGUGUCUUCCCCCUUUACAGGUAACUACAGGUACUACUUUAACAUAAACCAACUAAAUUUAAAAAUAUAUGAAACAGCUCUUUGGCUGCAGAAAAAUGCAUAGUAUAAUACACUGACCCAGUCUGUAGCCCAGACUCCAGCAGGAGUUUAAGGUCAAGCUCUUUAGUGAUCUGUGCAGCCAUAGGCAGGUCACAAAGGGUCAUGCAGCUUCCCCAGCUCCAAAGGUACUCAUUCUUCCUCACAGGACUGUUAUGAGGAAAACAGGAGCGUAACUGCAAAGGCGCUUUGAACAGUAAAAUGCUGUAAAAAUAAGAGGUAUUACUUACAUGAGAAAACAUUGUUGAGUAUAAAAAAAGUUAUUUCAAUCUUAAACUUAAUAGCUAACUCUCACUCCCGUUAUUAAGUGAAAUAUUGGGGCGCAGACCUACUUUGUCAGGCUUACAGCAAGGCUACAUCUGUGUAACCCCACCCCACCCCCACUCUUACUGUUUAUUUAAGCAUGUUCACAACUUAAAAGAACACCACAUAGAAGGACUUCCCACUACAAAUCCCAGAAGCUAAAGUGUUCCACAUCUUAUGCUUGAAACAAACGGUCUGCCCAAAGUAUAGGCAUAAUUCAUCUUGUAAACAGUAACCUGCCAUUUUGUAAGCCUGCCAUUGCUACCCUGAAGGCGCACGGCUGUAAGUGGCUGGUGUGUUCACAGAUCACGCCAUGGAAGUUUUAGUGGUGCCCAAGCAUGCUCCUGCACUGAUGCGUUUGAAAGAGCUAUAGAAGUAAUGCAAAGCUUUCGUUCUGAGAAUCUACUCAUGCUUUAAGGUAUUUAUCUCCGUGGAACCACAAUCAUGGAAAGCUCAACAGUGCUGCUGAUUAUGUUUGUAAAAUAUACCUUUGAUGUAGUGCAAUAUUUUUCUAUUGGGAGAGACAGGAGAGGCAUCACAGUUGGGAGCUCCAAAUACCCUUAAGCAUAGUAAGGUAUAAGGCUUCAAUUUAAAAGAUUGUGUUAUAUUACAUUACUCAUGUAAUCUUGCUGCCAUGCUAUGUUAUCAAUAGCUAAAAUAAUAAUAAAGACUACCACGAAAAAUAAGAAUAUCUUCAUUUGAUGACAUUUAAAACAGGUGACUGGUUCUUCUCUGGCAUUAUUACCUCGUAUAAUUUGGCCAUGCAGACAAGCUAACAGUCCACUUUUACUAAACAAAUAUGUGAAAGCAUUCAGAUUUUACUUUUGCUUCUUUACCGUUUGAAACAGAUAUAUGCAUUUUCUUCUACUGCUAUAUAGUAAUAAUAGAUUAUUACUCAUUGUGAGACCUGUCUCAGAAAAGAAAAAUUAAACUAUUUAAAGUGUACUCUUUUCAUUGGUAUUAAGUUGAAAGACUGGGUUAGGCAAAAUGAAUAACAUUUUAGUAUUAUUUUGCAAUCAUAAUAUGCUAUUUUUUAAAAUUGUUUAUUGUGUUGCUUUUUUUUGAGACAGAAUCUCUCCGGCCUCGAACUCAAUAGAGCUCUGCCUGCCUCUCUUCUGGAGUGCUGGGGUUAAAGGCUUGUCCCACCAUGCCUAGCUGUACUUACUGUAUUUCUUAGCAUCCGACUUUGUUCAGUAAUGCUAGAACUUACAGUGUAGAUACUUUCUCAUUCUAAGAACAGCCUAAAACUUUAAGAGUAAAGUCUAACUUAAAAAUAUUAAACAUUUUAAACAUAUUUGGUUCUAAUAAGACAGAGUUUAAAUUUUUAAGUCCCCUAAAGUUUUGAAAUUGCUUCAAUUUUUAAAGAAAUGUAUUACUUUGAUUUUUAAAUUGAAGUGAUGGCUUUCUUUAGCAAACAAGGGUGGAAAGAGGGGUUACUUUCAUCCUUUUUGAUCCCUUAAUGUUCCUUAAGGUCUGAGUAAACCAGCAGGCCACCCUAAUCCUGGAAACUGCCAUGCAUAUCACAUUCAAAACGAUCCUUAUUUCUAGGUCUUUCAGAGCCUGUUCUGUCCUGUGGCUAAGUAUUACCGUUCUCUUCAUCAGACAGUUACCUGUUCACAGCAAUUAGAACAAUUCAUCUGAGUUAAAGUCCAGGGCAAGUCACUGUCUUUCUACACUGAUAGGGUAUAACAAGUCUUAUAUUUCAUUUAAAGGAAGCAAUGGGAAGCCAAAGAGGAUGGUUCACCCUAGCCUGAAGUGACUUGCCUGAUGCCUGCAAACACAGAGAAUGCUUUUUGAUUAAAUAUCUACAGCCAAAACAGCGUUACGUAUUUUAUUUCAGCCACAGUGUUGAUGAAAUGGUUUAUAAAAGAAUACAGGCAGGCACAGCAGUGUUGAAGAAGAUUUAUUAAGUAAUCUCACUAAAGUGCAACCAGCACAGAUACACUUAGCAGCCAAGCGGGAGUUGAGUAUUACUACCUCACUAAGAUUUUUGUGUCUGAGUUACCAAGUACAAACAAAAGCCACCUCUACUUUAAACAUAAACAUUGAGACAGCUGUAAGUUCUUUGUUCUGGUUCAUGCACAGUAUUUUUUAAUCACUAUUUUCAGUCUUGUGUACCCAGGAUAUUAAUCAUAUAAAUCGUCUUUCCUUUCCCCUCACAAACAACUUGUCCCUUCCUCUCCAAAUAGCUGUGCAAUUUUUCCUUUUUCUCUUCCCUGGAGAGCAGUAACAGGCGUGCCUUUGCUGGUCGUUUUUACUGAAGCUGAAGCCUCAAAAGCAGGAAUGACAGGAGUCAGUCCUUGUAUGUGGUAUUAUGGGCAGGGACAACUACAAGCCCUCUCUCAUAUCACAUCUAAAGGCGUCCUGGGAAGGGUUAAGCCCUGCCCUUUUAGCCAUGUAAGAGCAGCCAUCUCUCAGAGUUGCAGACCUGCGACUGCCCAAGGAUUUAGUGAGUAGGAACCCGAUAGCCCCAAACAUACCAGACUUCAGAUCACCAAGGUCCCACAGAAAGCUUCAUAAAGCAAAAGAAACAUUUGCCACUCUUCUGAAGAAUGUGUAAUAGCCAAUAAAAUUUGAGGGGUUGUUAUCCUAAAGUUCUCUUCAUGUCCAGGGUCACACAGUUCAGCUUAACAAAAUUGACAGUUUUUUUUUUUUUAAUGAUUACAGAACUGCAGAAUUGAUACUAUAUGUAAGACAGAUCCCAUACUGUGUUUGUAUUCCAGAAGAUUGUAAUCUCAUACAAAGCAAUUAUAGAUAGUGUUCACUAACAGUAUUAGCUGGCAUACUGAAAAGAUCUAUCAGUGUUGUCAUGCUUAGGAAAGUUGUUCUACCCAGCACACAGAUGAUGCAGUAACACAUACACGUUUGUAGAUUGUUUUCUCCUUCAGAAAGGGAAGGUGUUCCGACCACGCCAUUAUCUUUAACAUUACUGUGUUAGACACGAACAGUUUCAUUCCUUCAUCUUUGCUUGAAAUUCAUUUCUACAUUGAUAUAAACAACUUUUUAGGAGUCUAAAAAAUAACAGCAACUCAAAAUUAACAAAUCUCUAGAAAAAACACUCGGAUGCCCUGAAGCAGGUGGGAGAUGUGCUAGUUUGAUUUUUCACAUUAUAGCAGCUUGAUAGCCUUGUUUUCUAGAACAUGAGUCGGAUUUGAUAAACCACAUCGUACUUAACCUUGACUGUUCAAAGUGCAUAACGUUUUGUUCUCGCCCAAGAAGACUGUCAAGCAUUUAUAUAAAAGAAAGCAGCAUGUGGAUUCUCUCCUCUGCCUUCAGAACAUUCAUGUUUUACCCCUUGUUGGCUUUAGUGACUGCUGCCGAUGACAUAACCCAGAAAAUCAUUUACAACCAUUCAGGUGGGUGGUUACAACAGAAAACUAGUGCCAGCAAAGGUUUAUGAAUAAGUCUGAAAGAUGGCUGAUAAAGUCUCUUCCCUCUGCACUUAGGACGACGAGUUGUAAAUUCCUAAACACAUUGGUACUAGUUACAAGUUAAAUAACAACACAUUCAGUGUUGGUACAUAACGCGCUGUCUUACAUGGUUCUGUUUCUCAGACUGCUAGUUUUUUGUUGGAGAGUCUCAAGAUAAUGUGUGCUUUAAACACUCAUUACCAGUAUUCAGAAAAAAAAAUAAGAUUUUUUUGUCCAAGUGUUAAUGAAUGUAAGUUAAAAAAUUAUAUUUAAUUUGGAUUCAAAUAUUUAUACAUUUACAGUAUACCUAUUUCGUCAAAAUAUAUUGUAUAAUAUUAAUAAAAUCAAAUACAUAAAAUAAAGUUUUCAACACUAUUUAUACAAA